AUGCAAAUCUUUGGAAUCGGCGCAGUUGUUUCUUUGUUCCUCUUAUCUACUGCUGUUGAAGCCGGUCGUACGUGUGUUGUUGAACAUUCUGGCAAGAAUAACGAGGUUGCUCCUAUCCAACAAGCUUUCAAGGACUGUAACAAUGGUGGAACUGUUGUAUUCCCUGCUGGUCAGACAUACAACUUGAAGGGAGUCAUUUCUAUUGAGAACCUCAAGCAGGUUACCGUUAAAUUUGAUAGUAUUAUUAAUAUGCCAGUAUUCAAGACCUCCCUCGUCAACGAAAAGGCAUUCUUGUACAUUGCCGGUGACAGCAUUAACUUUUCCGGAAGCGGUACUAUCAACGGUAAUGGUCAAGGCUGGUAUGAUGCUGCCAACAAUAAUGCCCCUACUUUGUUCAAGAUUAAGGCUACCAACUCUUACUUUGGUGGCUUCCACGUCAAGCAGGCUCCUCGUGCUCAUUUCAGCGUCAAUGGUAGCAAGAAUCUGACCAUUGAGAACUUGACUCUCAACACUGUGUCGAAGAACUCCAAUAAACCCGCAAAAAAUACCGAUGCAUUUGAUGUUUCGGGUGCAAGUGAUAUAAUCAUCCGCAACUCCAACAUUGUUAAUGGUGAUGACUGCGUUGCUGUAAACGGUGGAGUCACAAACCUACUGGUUACCGGACUUUCGUGCACUGGUAGUCAUGGCUUCAGCGUCGGUUCUCUUGGAAAAGAUGGAAAGACCGAGUCGGUGACUGGAUUGAAGUUUACCAACAACAGAUGCACUAACUGCUCAAAUGGUGUCAGAAUUAAGACCUGGCCCGGAGGAAAGGGAAACGUAAAGGAUAUUACCUUUGACAACAUCAACCUCCAGAAUGUUGAACACCCUAUCCUUAUUACCACCCACUACUGUGACAAUAACAAGAUCUCUAGCUGUAACAAAGAUGAUUCUUCUUCCUUGAGUAUUGAUGGUGUCAAGAUCAAUAACAUUUAUGGUACUGUCUCUGCCAAGGAGCAUCCUAUCCUUGAAAUUAAUUGCUCCACAAAGACUCCUUGCAAGAAUGUUACAGUAGACAACAUCAACAUCACCAAGAACUCCAAGACUAAGAAGAACAUUUGUAUUAACUUUGUCAAUUCUGGCCUUGUCCCUCAAUGCAAGCAGUAG